GGUUGGCACAUGAAUGUGAGCAAUAGUUGAGGACAGACCCCAACACACCUGUCCAGACUAUAAUUUCAAACUUGAAGCAAAAGCAUGGAAUAGAGGUAUCUAUACAUAUGGCCUAUAGGGCAAGAAAGCUAGCUAAAAAUGUAGUCCUAGGAGAUCAGAAGGCACAAUAUCAUAGGAUAAGGGAUUACCUAGAAGCUGUGCUAGAAACCAAUCCAGGAAGUAGAUGCAUUGUCACAACAAAGCAUCUGAAACUACAUCCAAGCAAAAACCCAAGAUUCCAUGGCUUGUUCAUCUGCCUCAAUGCUUGCAAAGAGGGUUUCCUUAAUGGUUGCAGACCAUUCAUAGGUGUUGAUGGUUGCUUCAUAAAGUUGACAACAGGGCAGCAAAUCUUGGCUGCCACUGGAAGAGAUGGAAACAAUAACAUAUUUCCCAUUGCUUUUGCAAUAGUGGACAAGGAAAACACAGCAAGCUGGUCUUGGUUUCUUACUCAAUUAAAAUAUGCCAUUGGUGGUGAGUCAGGCAAGUUUGGCUACUACACUAUUAUAUCUGACAGGCAAAAGGGCCUUCUUACAGCCAUAAACAAUGUAUUCCCCAAUUGCAAACAAAGAUUCUGCCUUAGACAUAUUUAUCAGAACUUUCAAACUGCUGGUUUUAGAGGGGAAGAGUUGAAGAAAUACAUGUAUCAGGCAAGUUAUUCCUAUACUGAGCAUGGUUAUGUAACAGCAAUGGAAGGCAUGAAAAAGGAGUGUGAGCCAGCUUGGAAAUGGCUAUCUAGGAUACCAAAACAUACAUGGGCUAGGCAUGCCAUGGACAACAAUUGCAAAACUGACUUGGUAGUGAACAAUAUAAGUGAAGUUUUUAACAAGAUGAUACUUGAUGUCAGAGCCAAACCCAUUAGAACUAUGGUAGAUGGGAUCAGGACAAAGCUGUUAGUGAAGUUCAAUGCAAAUAGGACAAAGACUGAGACUGCUAAGUGGCAGAUAUGCCCAACAUAUGCUGAGAAGCUAGAGGAAGCAAAACAUCAUUCUAGGUUUUGUCAGUCUAUCAAAGCUGGACCAGAUCUCUUCCAGGUGACAAGUGGAGAAAGCACAUAUGCAGUUAACUUGUUGCUACAUACAUGUGGUUGUAGGAAGUGGGACAUGUGUGGAGUACCUUGCAAUCAUGGUGUUUCUGCAAUCAACAAGGCAAAACUACAGCCAGAAGAUUUUGUUCAUGAUUUCUUCAAGAAACCAAUGUAUAAGGCAGCUUAUAGUCCAAUAGUUUUCCCUGUGCCUGGGCCUGAUUUGUGGCCAAAGACUAGAACCCCUGACAUUGAACCACCAGUGUUCAAAGAAAAGCCAGGAAACAAAGAGACAAAGAGGAGAAAGAGCAAGUUUGAAAAGCCAGCUCCAAAGGAUACAUCUAGGAUGGCAACUAUCACUUGUAGCAAUUGCAAUAGGACUGGGCAUAGAUACACUAGUUGCAAGCAGGCUCUUAAACCAGCCCUAGCUAUGAGAAUGAACCAGCACCAGGAUGAUACACCCAGAACUGUAUCUGCUCCUGCUCCCAUGCCACCAAGGAGAAGUGCUCCUGCUGCUGCUCAAACUGCAGCUCCAGCUCCACCAGCUCCAAGGGCUCCAAGGGUAUCAAGGAGAGCUCCUUCUGCUCCUGCUUCAGCUCCAAGUGCACCAAGGAGAGCUCCUUCUGCUCCUGCUGCAGCUGCUGCUCCUCCUGCUACAAGGGCAACAAAGAAAGCUAAAACUACAAGGACUGCAACUUCUACUGCUGGUGCUGGUCCAAGUUCUUCUACUGCUGGUGCUGGUCCAAGUUCCUCUACUACUGCUGGGCCAAGAGGAAGAAACAAGUUCAUCCCCCCAAGAGUUGCAGGUAGUGGAAGAGUGAGGAAGCCAUCCUUUAAGAUGUCUGAGUGGUUCAACUGUUCUCAAGGGAGCAGGUGA